GCAGCGAGCUCCUCCCAGCGCGCGCGGACGAACGGUCGCGGCGCAGGGGCUGUCGGGACGCGGGAGGACUGGCGGGGGCGGGGCGCCAAGAUGGCGGUCGCGAGGCGAGGUGAGCGGCGCGUUGUCACCGAUACCGGCGGCCCCUUCCCCCGGGGCCGGCCCUUUCCCGCCCCGUCACACGUUCCCUCUCGCCGCCCCAAAGCGGGGGGACGCGACGAGAGCGAGGCGGGGGCCGAGGCCUCGGCAGGCCUCGGCGCCGAGCCCAGACCCAUAGCCAUAUCGCGACAGUCGCGACGCGCUGAGGUAAAUCUCGGCGGCUGCGGGCCCUGUGUCAGCGUGCGCUUGGCGCUUGUGGGGGCUAUGGGGCACCUUUAUCCUUCAAGGCGAAUCGCCUUCCUGAGGCCGAGUGACGCCCCUUGAAAAUCCAAGUCUUUGCUUCAAAUUAUGAAUCACUGGGACUCAGGGGGGAAAAAUAUUAUUCAUUAGGGAGGUGAGAACGAUUAAUUUCCACUUCGUUCAAAAGAGGUCAAAGGUUUCCCCCAAAAAAUGUGAAUUUCAGCCCUAGGCAGACAAAGCUGGGUUUGAAAACUUUGGCUUGAACAAUUAUUGUUUGCCAGGGUCCUAAAAUCAAGCCUGCGUGGCGAGGCGCGCUGGGUAACGUUAGCUACAGCUGCUGCGUGCUUUUAGUGUAGUUUUGGCACUAAACCCCCAUUUUUUUAGAAAAUGGGCAGUGUUCACCUCAAGCAAGCGUGCAGAGCGUCACUCGCAGUCAUUGCUGAAAUCGAUAGCGGCCUGGAUAAGUAGUCGUGUUUCUGCUAUAUAAAACACCUCAGUGGAGCGUGGUCUGCAGCUGCUACCCACAGAACCGCCCGGCAGGGUCAGCCGGAUUUGGCUGAAGGGCUGCCCGCGAGCAGGACCCGCGGCGGGGACGUGCGGACAGACGGAUGGACAGCCUGCCACCCGUGCCGCGGAUGGCCGCGGCGCUCCUAGAAAUCAGAUUGGGUAUGGGAGUGGGUCGGAAGGCCUCACGCUCACAAUCCGUACUCAUCCCGAGUGCAAACACCGUGUUGCCUGGGAGUUCCCCUCCUACGUUAAAGCGCGUAUACAACUGCAAACAAGCGGUGGCACGCUUUGCUUCCUUCUGGACCCACACGAGCUUUCGAAUAGGCAGAAAUCGGGCACCACAAUUUUUUUUUGCCUGUGCCAGAAUGCGCACUUUCAAUUUAAAAAUCCCCCAGCAGCAACGCAGACUUCAUCGAUCCUGGCAGGGAGGCGAUCUCGGGGCGUUGGGAUGAGCAGCCGCUGCUACACCUGAAAUUAUAUAUUCGGCUGCCAUAAUGACUGCUGAACUGCUCUGUCCCUUUCACAGGCGUGUUGUGGGGCUUGGACGUUCUACCCGUGUGAAAUGUCCCCUGUUGCUCAGGGGGAGGCAGCAUGCUCUAAAUGAUAGUGGCUAUCAACCCCCUCCUGGGAACUGAUGCAGGAAUGUGGGUGGUGCCCUCUUCUGGAAGAUUUUUUUUUUUUUAAUGUUUAAAAAUAAAGCUGGGGAACUGCCAUUAGGGGAUUCACUUAGGGGUUGCCUGUACGGUGAAAUUCAUACUCCUUUCAUUUCACCACUGGCAUCAUGGCAAUGUGGCUGCCGAGCAUGGGUGAGGCUACGCCGGUAUAGCUUGGUCUUUGGUUAUACAGAAACAGUUCCAUAUCCAGACACUAAUAACGCAUCUGCACAUGCACUUGUGGUAUUUCAAAUUAACAUCCUACUUCAAAAUCUAAAAUAACUUUAAAACGCAGACAUCCCCUUACUGCUGGGCACAUCAUCUUGACGCAAGGCGUUACUUCCCCACAAGGGUUUAUACCAGGGUAUAAAUCCAAGCGUGUCUUUAAGCAUUAGUCACUGCAGAACAAGGUGUGUAAUGAAACCUCAAACUCCCAUUCUGGAAAAAGGAAUAAAGCAUUCAUCAAAGCGCGUUUUGGCUGGGUGAAGGGACGAGCCUGUUAGGAGCCUGAAGUCCCUUGGCGGAAAGUGGAGAGGAGGUGAAGCACGCCCGGGAGGUGUCUCAGCUCAUAGACAGCGUGAAUCACCACCUCAAAUCGCUUGCCUAUUUCCACUGCGUUCCCAAAUUGGGUACCUUAAUUAGGUGCCUAAAGUUAGUGGGGAUUAAUUUGGGCCCAACUGCAGAAAUUAUGAGGUGCUGAGGACAGUAGCCUCAAGAAGCCCGAGGAUGAAGAUGGCGGGGUAUGUCCCACUGAUGUGGUGACAAUGAGGUGUCUUGGAGAAGAUGGGUGAAAUGGCCUUUCUGUUUUGCUCCCUGUGAAACAAAGAUGGUAACUUUUCAACUCCUGACUGAAAGAGGCUAAGAGUGAGUUACUUAAGAGGUACCUCAGUAGGUCAGUGCCAUCACGCUGCAAGGGAAUUUUAUCUGUGUUUUUGCAGGGGAGGCAGAAAUAAAAAAGUAAAAUGUAUCGGUGAGCUUAUAGAAAAUACUUGGUACGAUUUCGUUGGGAGAUCAGAACACAGUAAGGUUUUACAUAGAAUGACUUUGCUUUUGAAGGGAACCGGUUUGGAAGGAUGUUUUUAGAGGAACCGGGAGCCCUGUGUUGCACAUGAAUGCUUUCUCACAAUUUAAAAACAAAUGGUACAUUCUGGUUCCCUCGUUCCUGCAUAGUUAGAGGGGAUGAAGUGUCUUCUGCUGUGAAAGGACAGGAUAAACAAGUUAUAGGUAAUGCCUGGGUACUACUUUAUGUUUUGAAAGAGAUGAGUUCCUCCGUGGAAAGGACUUGUCACAGCAGGGAUUUCCCCCAAAUUACUUUAGAAUUCGUGUAUUUGAAAAAGUUAUCUUUGGAACCUGAGCUGCACGAUCUGAGAAAAUAGUAAGUCUUCCAGUGAACUGAAAAACAAUUUCUACAAGCAUCCUUGACCUCUCUAGUAACAUCACUUGUUUGAAUGUUUCUGCAGCGCCUUCGGAAAAUAUUUUGACUUAUUUUCUUAUCUUCCCCCCCCCCCCCCCCUUCUCAACGGAAAGGAAGAACUUCAUCGGUUGUAUCCUUUUUGUACCUUUCAUCCCUUGCAUGUGGGAAUCCUCAGGAAGACCAGCUGAGAUGCAUUCACAUCUCCUGCUUAAUAAAUCUGCACAACGCUCUUUUUGUGUUAUUCCUUGAGUUUUCCAUCAGCAUCAUCCAUAUGAAGCAAAACCGGUAAAAAGCUUCUUCCAAGGGCAGAUGUUUUUGCAGCGUAAGCUGAGAUUUUGCCCUGAUCGCCUCCCACUCGUGCAGAAACCCCUUUAACCCAUCCUGCAGACUUGACAGAGGGCUGGCAGCCACGUUUUAUGAUCACGUAACUCUCAUUUCCUUAGGGAGCAAGGCUAAAAGUUGGAUUUGAGGACUGAUGGACACAAACCCCAUGCAGCACACCUCACAGGCAGCCGACACGGCGAACAACAGACUCCAGGGGGAGCAGAGACUAACUGGGCCUCGAUGUGUAACUCCAGGAUGGCUCUUACCUGGGGAUGGCUACAGGUGAGACCAGUCUGUCCUGAGCCUGCAAGUGAUCUCUCCCUGUCUGUCUGACACUCUGUGCCAUAUUCCCUGUCCUUCACGGACAUUUUGAGGAUGUAUUAAGGAUUGUGGAGCUCUCAAACACCUUGGCAGUGGAUCCACAUGGACAAAUAACCAGAGCUAAGGAGUAUCUCAUAGUACACAACGGUUUUGUGAGCAGUGAAUUAAGGAAGUCUGUUUCUUAUGAACUUAGAACUCAAAAGUUGAGCUCGUGGCCUUUCUCAGGCAUGUACAAAGAGCACAGCUUUCAGACUUGCCAACGUGUGGGCAGUAAUAGGGCCAGUCUGCUUCACAGAGCCACCUAUUUUCAAAAGUUUAGAGGAAUUUGAUAUAUCAGAGCCUGCCAACCCUCUGUCAACUUGCUUAAGGCUGACUAAUGGGUAUAGAAAUUGUUUGGGGAAAGGUACACGUGUGCACACGCCCCUCGUUUCCUGGGCUCACAAACACCCCACUACCUACCAAAUACAUUUUUCUUUUCUAAAGAAACUAAAGCCAAACCUGAAACAGCAAGCUUUUAUCCUAACUCUUGGUAUUUGCAGUCUCAAGCUACUUUCUGAACCCUACCCGGUAGGCCAGCCAUAGCUGAGCCAUUACAAAAUGGCUCACCAGUCUAUUUUGAGGUUACUGGGAAAGGGCGAUUUUAUGAAAUGGAUCCCACCUCAUCGCUACGAGAAAGCCUUAACAAGAAGUUACCAGCUGUCGUCUGUUCCUUUACAGAUCCUAUUUUAUGUAAAUGGGAUUUAUUACAUCUUUUACUUCUUGGCAACUCUUGCAAUGAUCGUUUAUAAAAGUCAAGUUUUCAGUUAUCCAGAUGAUUCUUUGGGUCCUGAUCUUGCCUUGCUUUUCAUUAUGGCCGUUCUCGAAGCCCCCCGAUUAUACUUGGGUUCAAAAGGUAACCUGACAGAAGAAGAGGCUCCGUUAGGGCUCAGCCUUGUGAUCACGGUCGGCAGUGUGAUUCUGUCUGCGUACUUCCUGGCGUGGCAAACUUACGUGCUGAAAGCGGACGUCAUUAUAAACGCUGUUCUUCUCUUUACCUACGGGCUGGAGUCAGUACUAAAGGUCGUAGCCAUCGCUGCUUUUGUCAGCUAAGCCCUAGCAGUUUUCAAAACGUUUUCAACACAUUUCUUCUAUAAAAGAGUGGGUUUGUAUUUAAAAUAUUUAAUUCUUUUGCAUAUGAAAAUCCUGUAGAACUUUCCUCAGUUUAAAGUACAGAUUUCUGAGGGACAGAAAUUCUGAAUGGUCGGUAAAAUACAGCUGUGUUACACUAUCUUGUCAGGUAGCUUAUUUCUGGGCAAGGGCAAGAGAUGAUUCAGCAAAACCACUUAAUGCUCUGGUAUUCAUCAGCGAUCGAUACGAAAUACUCAUUCCCAACACAGAAUAGUAGCCAGUGCAUCAUCUACCUCCUUGCUGUUGAGGUGAUGUGGGUUUUCAAGGCACAGCAGCAACGCACAACCAAAGUGACACAGAAAUGAAUCAGGCCAAUAUCGUCCGGACUCAUUUCUGCCUUAACACAUACACGUUCGCGUUUGAGGGCACAGUUUCUCUUCUGCUCUCAUUUGUGUUCUCAGACCCCAGCGGAAAUCUCCCUGACUGUAGUAGGGCAGUACCUGAUUUAUCCCAGUGGCAGAGAGUUGAACUGAGUUUUGCGCGUACCCGGAGAGCAGAGCUACAGGGUUUGGGCUGCUGGUUCUUACUGAUGGCCAAAGGCAGCGGUGUGAGGGUGCGUUUGUUUAAAUACGAUGGCCUUAAGAUAAGCGUAAGCAUUCGCCAUUCACUCACCCGUCUGUCCUCUUUAAAACAUUGUCAGGUGUAUUUCUGUUUGGUGUUAAAUGUGUUUAUUUCUGUGAUUACUGUGAUUACUAUAUUCUAGCCUGGUCUUUUAAAUGAAGAACCAUGUGCAAUUUCACAUUUUUUUGCUGUAUCAAAAAUACAUAUGUAUAAAUGUAAAGCUGGGGGGGUUUAUACAAGCAGGUUUUAUAUUCAGAAUUUCCUAUUUUUGUAUUUAUUUAUUCAAAUAAAUAAUGUUUUAGAUCUAAGAAA